CCUCGGGUGCCCAUGGGGCUCGGGGGGCCGGACCGGUGACGCCGGACGCCCAUGGACGCCCCGGAGGAGCCGCUGCCGCCGGUGGUCUACACCAUGGAGAACAAGCCCAUCGUCACCUGUGCUGGAGAGCAGAAUUUAUUUACCUCUAUUUACCCCACGCUUUCUCAGCAGCUUCCGAGAGAACCGAUGGAAUGGAGGAGGUCCUAUGGUCGGGCCCCCAAGAUGAUCCACCUCGAGUCAAACUUCGUUCAGUUCAAAGAGGAGCUGCUGCCCAAAGAAGGAAACAAAGCUCUGCUCACCUUCCCCUUCCUUCACAUUUACUGGACGGAGUGCUGUGACACGGAAGUGUACAAAGCUACGGUAAAAGACGACCUCACCAAGUGGCAGAAUGUUCUGAAAGCUCACAGCUCUGUGGACUGGUUAAUAGUAGUAGUUGAAAAUGAUGCCAAGAAAAAAAACAAAACCAACAUCCUUCCUCGAACUUCCAUUGUGGACAAAAUAAGAAAUGACUUUUGUAACAAGCAGAGCGACAGGUGUGUCGUGCUGUCCGACCCUUUGAAGGACUCUUCCCGAACUCAGGAAUCCUGGAAUGCCUUCCUGACCAAACUCAGGACGUUGCUUCUUAUGUCUUUUACCAAAAACCUAGGCAAGUUUGAGGACGACAUGCGCACCUUGAGGGAGAAGAGGACAGAGCCGGGCUGGAGCUUCUGUGACUACUUCAUGGUCCAGGAGGAGCUUGCCUUCGUCUUUGAGAUGCUGCAGCAAUUCGAAGAUGCCCUGGUGCAGUAUGAUGAGCUGGACGCCCUGUUCUCGCAGUACGUCGUCAACUUUGGGGCUGGGGAUGGUGCCAACUGGCUGACUUUUUUCUGCCAGCCGGUGAAGAGCUGGAAUGGUCUGGUGCUCCGCAAGCCUAUAGACAUGGAGAAGCGGGAGCUGAUCCAGAGGCGGGAGGCCACCCUGCUGGACCUGCGCAGCUACCUGUUUUCGCGCCAGUGCACCCUGCUCCUGUUCUUGCAGCGGCCAUGGGAGGUGGCGCAACGCGCCCUGGAACUGCUACACAGCUGCGUGCAGGAGCUGCGGCUCCUGGAGGUCGUGGUCCCGCCAGGCGCACUGGACUGCUGGGUGUUUCUGAGCUGUCUGGAGGUGCUGCAAAGGAUAGAAGGUUGCUGCGACCGGGCACAGAUAGACUCCAACAUCGCUCACACAGUGGGGCUGUGGAGCUAUGCCACAGAAAAGCUAAGGUCUUUGGGCUACCUGUGUGGACUUGUGUCAGAAAAAGGACCUAACUCUGAAGACUUGAACAGGACAGUUGACCUUUUGGCAGGCCUGGGAGCUGAACGGCCUGAAACAGCCAACGCAGCUCAGAGUCCUUACAAGAAACUCAAGGAGGCGCUGUCAUCAGUGGAAGCUUUCGAGAAGCACUACUUAGACUUGUCCCAUGCUGCCAUAGAAAUGUACACAAGUAUUGGAAGGAUCCGGUCUGCCAGGUUCAUUGGGAAAGAUCUGGCAGAAUUUUACAUGAGGAAAAGGUCUCCGCAGAAGGCUGAGAGCUACCUUCAGGGAGCUCUAAAAAACUACCUGGCCGAGGGCUGGGCCCUGCCUGUCACGCAUACCCGGAAGCAGCUUGCCGAAUGCCAGAAGCACCUUGGGCAGGUUGAGAACUACCUGCAGACCAGCAGCCUCCUGGCCAGCGACCACCACCUAAGCGAGGAGGAGCGGAAGUACUUCUGCCAGGAGAUCCUCAGCUUUGCUGGGUGGCCUGCAGAGAGCCCGGGUCACAAGGUGGUGCUGCCCAUGCACUCCUUCGCACAGCUGCGGGACCUGCACUUCGACCCUCCCCACGCCGUGGUCCACGCGGGUGGCACCCUGUGCCUGGAGAUGACCGUGUGCAGCCACAUGCCGGUCCCUGUGUGUGUAGACCAGAUCGCUGUCAAUGUCCACUUCAGCGUUGAGAAGAACAGCUACCGGAAGACCGCUGAGUGGCUGACGAAGCACAAGACGCCCAAUGGGAUCAUCCACUUCCCUGCCGAGGUCUCCCCUCUCCCCGCUUCCCAGAACAGCUUGCCUGCGCUGGAGCUGUCAGAGAUGUUCGAGCGCAGCCCUUCCGACAACUCCUUGAACACCACGGGCAUUAUCUGCAGAAACGUCCACAUGCUGCUGCGGAGGCAGGAGAGCGGCUCUUCUCUAGAGGCGCCCUCGGGGGUCACCCUGGAGGAUGGGGCGCACGUGCUGAGGUGCAGCAGCGUGACCCUGGAGCCUGGGGCCAACAGGAUAGCAUUCAGGACUCAGGCCAAGGAGCCGGGAACGUACACACUGCGGCAGCUGUGCGCCUCAGUGGGUCCCGUGUGGUUCGUGCUUCCACACAUCUACCCCAUCGUGCAGUAUGACGUGUAUUCUCAGGAGCCCCAGCUGCAUGUGGAGCCACUGGCUGAUAGCCUUUUGGCUGGUAUUCCUCAGAAGGUCAAGUUCACUGUCACCACCGGCCACUACACAGUGAAGAAUGGGGACAGCCUGCAGCUGAGCAACGUGGAGGCCAUGCUGGUCCUGUGUCAGGGGGAGAAUAGAGCCGUGAUCUACUCUAACUCGAGAGAAGAGUCCUCCACCUCGGUGCUCCGGAUCCAGUCUUCUGACAAGGUCACAAGCAUAGGGCUGCCUGCCACACCUGCAUACCAUGUGAUCGAAUUUGAGCUGGAGGUUCUGUCCCUGCCAUCAGCUCCAGCAUCUAGCAGGGAGACUGACACGCGGGGGACUCCGGAGCCCCCCAGGAAGCAAAAGGACAGACAGAGGGGGAGCCCCUGCAUGGUCACCGCUGACCACAAGGUGUCAAUCGAUUGCCCGUGGUCAAUCUACUCCACGGUCAUUGCGCUGACGUUCAAUGUGCCCUUCAGGACCACGCACUCCCUGCUUUCUGCUAGAACCAGGAAGUAUGUUCAAGUUUGUGUCCAGAACUUGUCAGAGCUUGACUUCCAGCUGACAGAGAGUAACCUUGUAGAUACCAGAGGCACCGCUGACCUGCAGUUGACCCCACUGAAUGCGCCAUCCCCACAGCACAUCCACAGCAAACAGUUGGUGUUUUUCAUCUGGGAAUUGAAGUGGAUGCAGGAGCCACCCCCUGCCCUGCACUGCCAGUUCUCCAUGGGCUUCUCCCCGGCCUCCGAAGAGCGGCUGUCCAUCUCCCUGAAGCCCUACACAUACGAAUUCCAAGUGGAGAGCUUCUUUACCCUGUACAACGUGAAGGCAGAGGUCCUGCCGCCCGCGGGCAUGGAAUACUGUAGGACUGGCGUGCUGUGCUCCUUGGAAGUAUCCAUCACUCGGCUCACUGACCUCCUGGAGGUGGACAAGGAUGAGGCGCUGACAGGGUCUGACGAGUACUUCUGCACGAAGCUGAUGUAUGAAGUGGUCGACAACAGCAGCAACUGGGCAGUGUGUGGGAAGAGCUGCGGUGUUAUCUCCAUGCCCGUGGCUGCCCAGGCCACUCACAGAGUGCACAUGGAGGUGAUGCCCCUCUUCGCGGGCUACCUCCCUCUGCCUGACGUCCGGCUGUUUAAGUACCUCCCGCACCAUUCUGCACACUCCUCCCAGCUGGAUGCUGACAGCUGGAUCGAAAAUGACAGCCUGUCGGUGGACAAGCACCCAGAUGACCACCUGGACUGCAGCAGCGUGAGGAGUAGAGGCAGCGUGCACUCGGCCACCAGCAGUGAGCACAAGGGCCUGCCCAUGCCCCGGCUGCAGGCGCUCCCCACUGGCCAGGUCUUCAACUCCAGCAUGGGCAUGCAGGUGCUGGUCAUCCCCAGCCAAGACGACCAUGUCCUGGAAGUCAGCGUGACAUGACGGCAGCCUGCGGUCGCCUGGCCCCACAGACUGCUGUGAUUGCACUUUAGGGACUGUGACUGGAUUGUUCUUCUUGUAACAUGCUAGCUCUAACCAGACUUGGCAGCCCUGCUUGGCCACAGAGGUACCAAGGAAUGCACUGUGCAGCCGGCCGGCAGAGGUAGAGCGUCACCUCAUCUUGUCUGCAGUGUGGACCCAUUUUCUUUUCUUACCGUCCGUCUCUGUGCUUGUGUCUCACCGUGUCUUCUCAGCCCUGCUCCUUCACUCACGCUCACUGCUGUAGAACUGUUACUCUGGGCUGCCUGCACAGCGCAUCUGCUGGCUCCACAUGGAAGCCUGUGUCUUCUGUGCUGGCGCUCAGCAGGCCUCGCUGGCUUUCUGUGGUGCCUGUGUCUGCUCUGGUCAGAUGGCUGCCCAGCUUCUGGGCUGAUGGAGUGGACUUGGGGGUCUUCUGAUUUCCCAGCCCUGCUCUCCCCAGUAACGCCUUUUAGGGCCAGCGGGUGGGGUGUGGGUGGGUCGGGAGGGAGCAUAACCCUCUGUGCCUUGGGGUGCCGGAGUCAGCUGACUGGGAGAGCCACAGGCGGGAGCCGUGCUCAAGGUAGAGAAGGACCAGGCCAGGAAGACAGGAGCAGUGCAGUGUUGAGAUAGCGUAGGUGUAAACGUUUCUGGUCCCUGUGUUCCCCAGUGUCGAUUAUCAUAUGCACUUGGAAUUAAAUAUAUAUUUAUUUUAAUUGUCAUUAUAUAUGUGAGUUAAGAUGCUGUUUGCUUUUCUGUCAUCUUUAAAGUCUGUUCACGUAAGUGUAGCUGUGUAAUCAACAUCUUGUGCACCUUAAGUCCUGGCUGAUGCUCUGCGUGAGGUGAGGAGUAGGGUCCUCGCGGUGUUCUGGGCUGGCCGUGGGGAGGCCUUGGCCUGGAGUAACCUCUGCUGGUCCACUUACCCUACCAACAGGCUGAUUUACUUUCGGUUGUAAAUUUAAUUGUACAUAUGGUUGAUUUAUUAUUUUUAAAAGUACAGACUAACUGAUGUAAUGUUUAUGUAUAAGUUGCACCAAAAAUCAAGGACAAAAUAAACGUGUUUUUAUUGGUGUGAAGUCGCAGCUUGUAAAUAAGUGUUGUAUGUAGUGACCCUUUUCCAGCUCUCCAAAGCAAUGUAUUUUUGUACAUAGGAGUAGAGUUCUCUGAAUUCCCCGGCACAGUGUGCUUGGAACAGAACCUGACCAGAUGAAUGCGAGCAGGUGCAGUAGGUCCAGCAGGGGCGGGGCUGGGGAAUAACCCAGGUGUGGAGCCAGGUGACCUAGUAGUCCUGUCAGUAUUCUGUGUUGGCCUUUGCCUCAUUUUAUAAAUAAAGGUGGUGUGAUUUGC